GUUUCCUGUGAGUGACUCAGUGUUGCGGUGUGUAACUUAACGGCGUGUUUUCUUAGCGGUAAAUUGUUAAUCAGAACCUGUGAAUAUGUCUGCUAACGGACCCGGAGAGCACACCAUAGAUGCAAGAACACAGCCGGAGGGGGCUUCUUCACCCCCUGCUCCUCAGGCCAUGCAGGUGGAUGCCAAGCCCCAAUCACACAGCUACAGAUACCGCCUGGAUUACCCCAGCAUGGGCCAGUGUAUAAUCAUAAACAACAAGAACUUUGACAGGAGGACAGGCAUGAAUCAGCGAAAUGGUACAGAUGUAGACGCAGCCAAUGCGAUGAAAGUGUUCUCCAAGUUGGGCUACAAAGCGAAGGUUUUCAAUGACCAGACAGUCGGGCAGAUGGUACAGAUUUUAACUGAAGCAUCAAAGCAAGAUCACAGCAGCUCAGCGUCUUUUGUCUGUGUUCUGCUGAGUCAUGGAGAUGAAGGUGUGUUUUUUGGUACGGAUGGCUCAAUAGACCUCAAGUCCCUGACAUCACUUUUUCGGGGAGAUCGCUGCAAAUCCCUGGUGGGAAAGCCCAAACUUUUUUUCAUCCAGGCUUGCAGAGGUACUGAACUGGAUCCAGGCAUUGAAACAGACAGCCCAGAGGGCUCCACCAAGAUCCCAGUGGAAGCAGACUUCCUCUAUGCCUUCUCCACAGCCCCAGGCUACUACUCCUGGAGGAAUACUAUGACCGGAUCCUGGUUCAUCCAGUCACUGUGUGAAAUGAUGAGCCAAUAUGGAAAAGAAUUGGAGCUCCAGCACAUCCUGACAAGGGUAAACCACAAGGUGGCACUAGAGUUUGUCUCUGUCUCCAAUUCACCUGGCUUUGAUGCAAAGAAACAAAUCCCAUGCAUUAUGUCAAUGCUGACAAAAGAGAUGUAUUUUUCUCGUUAAUGUCACUGCAUCAGAAGAAUUCAGCCUGACAGGCCGUGCAGAGGAAAGGCUUGAG